AUGUUGACUCACUUUGUUAAGUCUGUUUCCUUAGCUGUGUCGACGCCGGAAUCCCUUUUGUCCUCACUGCCAACUUGUAUCCUGUCGCCUGCAAGCAGAGCCGCCAUCUGUACCCGCUCUUGCAGGAAAGCCGUUUCCAGCAGGAAGGCUGCCAGUCCCCGCAUCAUCCCUACAGCAUGCCUCUUUACGUCUUUGUGUAGCUGGCCCCACAGGCAGAUGGGUGCAGAGAAAGUCUUGAGACUUUACGAGCAUGCCCUGAGCCGAGCGCCAACUGCCAUCACCGGAGUGGUUGCUGGAUCGCUCGGCUUCCUGGGGGAUGCCGUUGCGCAAGAAGUUGAGCAUCACCGUGCGGUCUCUUCGGCCUUCGACGCCCAGAGAAGCUUCGCCUUCACACUCUAUGCCAUCGGCUGGGGAGCCUUCGGCUUGCGGCCCUGGCUGAACUUCCUGAACAGGCGCUUCCCGGGGAGAGCUCCGUCGGAGAUCUGCAAGAAAGUUGCCGCCCAACAGUUUCUGUGGAAUCCGACAGUUUACCUUCCCAGCUUCUAUGCGUUCAAUGGCUUGCUUCGUGGCCAAGAUGUGGACUCGCUUAUCGUCAAAAUUCGUCAAGAGUAUGUCAGUUGCCUCGUGUACAUCUGGAAGGUGUGGAUUCCAUUGUCCUUCAGCAUCUUUGCCUUUGUCCCGGUGCGCCACCAGGUGGCGGCCAACUUUCUUGCGAAUUUGCUGUGGAACACUUUGCUGUCGCUCUUCUACAACAGCGCGGGAUGGGCCAAAGGAGAAGUCAAUGGUUUUCGUCGGCGGAGAAGCUUCAAACCUUCCAAUUUGCUGAUCGCCUUUUUGGUGAGCCCGGGCGACCUCAAGCUCCCCGUCUUGCUGCUCGCGAUGGUCGCGGCUGUCCAUUCGCAGCACUGCGAUGGCAGUUCAGAUGUGAGUGACCUCAUGCAGCAUUCGGCGUUGGCCAAGGAGAAGGAGGUCUCGUGGAACGAAUUCAUGCACACUGCGAAGCAGAGCGAGCGUGAAAGUUCCAUGCCAGUAUUCAUGGCCAAGAUGGGCUUGGAUGCAGCUUUGACAAUGUUGAUGCGCCAGGUGCAUACGGUAGACAAGGCAGCCGUGAUGACCUAUGGCCAGCUGAAUGGCUUGGUUGCAGAUUCCUCGCACAAAGAGGCAAAGGCCGUCCUGCACCAGGCAGUGACUCCCCUGAAGAACCUUUUCCGUGAGAUUGCGAAGCAGCUGGAGGAGGGAGGUGUGCAGACCAAGAUGGCGCUGGGAAUGGUAGGCCUGAAGGAUGCUAGCAAGGCCUACGACACCGCAGUGGGUAAGGCGAAAACGGUCCUUGAGUCCUUGAGUCAUGCCUGCACUGCGCUGUCUGGUAGUCAGCUGCAGCCAAGCUUGGCCAAAUGCUCCAAGGAGAGUACGGCAUUCCAGCAUGCAUACCCGAAGAUCAUGCAGACAUUCUUGACAUCUCUGGGUGACAACCUUCUGGACAGCGUUGAAGACAAGCACGAGUUGGAGGGAUACAUUCAUGUGAAGGUACCUCGUGUGAUGAAGAUCGUCGAGGCGAUGUGCACGAAGGCAGAGAGUCCAGACAGUGCUGGCUGGAUCGAUGAAGGAUUUGUCCAAGUUAAAGCAGAGCUGAGCCCCAACGGAUGUGAGUUCCCGAUCAAAGAGGCGGCCGCGACAGGGCGCGAUUUUCAACAGCAGCCUGUUCUGCUCAUUCCAGCCAUGGCCAAGCGGCAGGAGGCGUGCGAUGAGUUCCAUGCUUCCAUGCUCGCAAGACAGGAUAAAGACCUUGUCCCAGGAAAGACUAUGGGGAAAGAGGAAGCAGCAGACAUGCUCAUGGGGGUGGACAUCGAGGGGCAGUGUGCAGGGAGACCUUCUGACGGCCGUGAGAUCGCCGGCUUGAAUGUCCCCGAUUUUCGCCGCAGGCGUUUGGGGAGGGCGGAUGCCGUUGUACAGCUGCUAGCGCUGCGCCAGGCAGCGGCCCUUGCUGGCCUUGAUUGUCGGCUCUGCAGCCUUGGCACCUGCUUGGGUCGCCCCGAGCUCGCGCAGCCUCGGGGUUUCCCAAGGAUGGAAGGCAGCGGCCCGGUCUGCCGGGUGCAACUCAAGCUCCUGCGAGAAAGGUCAUCUCUGGCGUCACGUCGGUCCUGGGGCCUUCUGGUGAUGGGGGCCGCGUGGGGUGCAGGUUUGGCUUCAGCUCAAGCCCUGGUGAAGGGGAGCACUCCUCCAAAGGGCUAUGGCCUAGGAAAGGGCAUCAAGGAGGCUGCCGACUGCAAAUCCCUGGCGGAAUGCGAAGAGCUGGGCGCGAAGCGCGAAGAGGAGAAGUACGGAACGAAGAUGGAGAAGACUUUCAAAGUCACAGCCAGUGGAGCCCGAUGGAAGGACAUGAAGGUGGGCAACGAAGCCGACGGUGUGGCGAAGGUCGGCGAUGACCUGAAGCUGAGGUAUCGGGUUAUGCGUGCUGGCAAGCGCUCCUACGAUGGUGUGUCUGGUGAGGCCACAACGCUGUUUUCUCUGGGAUAUGGAGAAGGUGAUGACGAAAAGAAGGACGCGACUCUCAACGCACCGCUGGGAACGGGCCGGUUCGUCAAGGCCAUCGAUGAAGGCCUGGUUGGCAUGUCUGUGGGCGGCAUUCGACGAGUCCAGGUCCGGCCUGACUAUGGACUUGGCUGGAAGAAGCCCGGAAAGUGUGCCGAGGCAAUUGGAGCAGUUGGUGCCAUUGCCGGCCUGCCUGCUGCUGGAGCGGAGAAGGAGUCCGCGUGCCUGGACACUUCGCUGCUGCCCCAGCCCGAGGACUGGAACGCCAAGCGUCGCUUCGAGCGACGUUUCGACGAGUCCUUGAUCGUGGAGAUGGAGCUCGUUGGACUCGGCAAGUGA